AACUAGUCGAAUCCUCAUCGCACAUCGGAAGAGGAAGAGAGAAAAAAACCACCGCCGCUCUCUCCGUCUCCGGCGGCUUCCGUCCUCGUCCUCCCUCUACGCGCUGCUCCAGCAGCGCUCCCCUCCGGCCUCCCUUCGGCCCCGCUCGCAGAUCCAUCUUGUCUCCCACGACGAGCAGUGUUGGUGCUGCCCCGGCGCUCGCAACUCGAAACGGCUCCGCCGCCACCGCCUCUGCCACUUCCUCCCUUCCCGCGCCGGCGGCAAGCGCGCCCGAGUCCCCAAACUUCCCCGGAUACCCUCCCGCAGCGUAGCAGCUGCUUCGGUGUGGACGGGCCAAGAUGUCUGGCAAUCCUGCAGGUGUGGACAACACUUUCCGCAGGAAAUUUGACAAAGAGGAGUACUUGGAACGAGCCCGGCAGAGAGAGCGGGAUGAGAAGGAUGAAGCCCGUAGAGGCAAGGAUAGGGGUCCUCCUGUGCAAAGACAACCUUUGAAGCACAGGGACUAUGAAGUUGACCUUGAGUCUCGUCUUGGGAAGACCCAGGUGGUAACCCCAAUCGCACCUUUGAGCCAGCAGGCUGGAUACUACUGUUCAGUAUGUGAGUGUGUUGUUAAAGAUUCAGCUAAUUAUUUGGAUCAUAUAAAUGGCAAGAAGCAUCAGAGAGCAUUGGGCAUGUCUAUGCGUGUUGAAAGGGCUUCACUCGAACAGGUUCAAAAACGGUUUGAGUCACUUAAGAAGAGGAAGGACCCAGGGACCUUUAGUGAACAAGAUUUGGAUGAGAGAAUAUUCAAACAGCAGCAAGAGGAGGAGGAGAAGAAGCGCCAGCGGAGAGAAAAGAAGAAAGAAAAGAAGAAAGAGCUGGCUGGCCCGAAUGAACCUGAGGACAUUGACCCUGAUGUUGCUGCUAUGAUGGGAUUCGGCGGGUUUGGCACCUCAAAGAAGUGAGACUUCCACCAGGAGGCGUUGUUUCGCCGGUUUGUGGCCGCUGAAGACAACUCGUGGCUCCAUGCACCUGGAUCUCAAUAUAGCUUCAGACACUGACACAACUCUGAUGCAGAGCUGCGGAGUUGGGGAUCAGUCUCCUAGGCCCUUGAUCAGAAAAAUGUGUGUGACCGCUAUCUGAUAAUGUCUGUGGAACGACACUUAAUGCUGGAACGAUUAAGAUUCUGUGAUGAAUGAUGACGUUGUUUUAUGAUGGAAAUCUUUUUGAGAGACAUUUUAUCUUAGAGAAAUGUGAUAAUUACCGUCUAUGUGUUCCCUCAGUUUGCAACAUAGCAAAUGCGGUGUAUUGAAGAGCAACUGUUUUUCA